AUGGGGAAAUGUCUGGAGUCCGGUCUGAAGGGACUUGAUGAUGGAGGCCCUGGAUGGGAUGCUCACUGGCACCUUCUGGUCUCCGCCUCCUCUUCUGUAGUGGCCCUCGCUGGGGGAAACCUGGUCCAGUUUGGAGUGAUGAUUGAGAGAAUGACAGGAAAGCCUGCGCUGCAGUACAACAACUACGGCUGCCACUGUGGUGUCGGUGGCUCCAACUGGCCAGUGGACCAGACUGACUGGUGCUGCCACACCCACGACUGCUGCUAUAGCCGAGUGAAGAAGAUGGGCUGUGAGCCCAAGCUGGAAAAGUACCUCUUCUCUGUCAGUCGGGACACCAUCUUCUGUGCUGGUAGAACCACUUGCCAGCGGCAGACCUGUGAAUGCGACAAGAGGGCUGCGCUCUGCUUUCGCCAACACCUGGGCACUUAUAACCGCAAGUACGCCCAUUACCCUAGUAAGCUGUGCACUGGGCCCACUCCACCCUGCUGAGGCCCUGUUUACCUCCAUAGCCACCCCAGAGGCUCUUGCUGUCCUGGGCCCGGAGAAGCCUGGACCCCAAAUUCCUCUCCUGCAAACCCAUCCCUCCCCUCAGAGAUCACAGGCCCCCAGCCUCUGGGCACCACACCUGUUCCGCAAGGAUCAACUCAAGGAGCCACGAGACUCACCGGCACUCACCGGAGCCACUAAGUGU